AUGAAACUUGCUUUUGGUCUUUUUGCAUUUUCCGCUGCUGAAGUCAUCACUUCCUGGUGCGGAGAAGAUGAUUUGAACGCAUAUUACAACACAACAGGACUCGAUAUUGAGUACUACAUGUCCAAAAGAAAGACCUGGGCAAACAGAGACCCCGAAAAGGUCCAACAACGACCAAAAACCCCUGCUCAUUACAGAGACGUCGUCAAGGUCCGAUGCGGUGCUCAAGCUCGACGAGGCUACAAUUCUGAACCUCUUGGAUCCUGGCCCGUUCGAAAGCAAUCACCAAUGAUCAAAUGCACCCGAAAAGGACCCGGUGGUGUUCAAAAACUCAAACCCAAUGGUCGACGAUUCUUCCAGUCCAAGGUUCAACUCUGGUUCCAGCAGACCUGUGCUUAA